GCGGGCAGUCGGCGCCGAGCCGCUCGCGGAGCCGCCGCAGGGCCCCGAGCCGCGCGUCCCGGGGCACCGAGCGCAGGGCUUUUCCUGGGCUAAACGCUGCUUUACUGCUGUGCAACCAGCUCCUGAGUGAUGUGGUUGGCUCUGCCUAGGAUUGCUAUCCCUGGCUUCUCCAGAAACCAUCCAUCCAACCUGCUGUCAGCUCUAGUGGGACUUCUGGAGUCUGUUUGAACUUCUUGUACUUCUUGGGAGGGAAAGCCACACCUUUGCACCAGGAAGCCAGGAAUUCUCUCUCUGACAGAAUUGGAACUCAGACAGCAAAACAGAUGUUUCUUUUGCUUGAGUGAGCACUGCAAUUCAGUUGGAUUGGGAGCCAACGGCAUCCGGCUGACCAUGGAGAGCGCUCUGACAGCCCGGGACCGCGUCGGGGUGCAGGACUUUGUCCUGCUGGAGAACUUCACCAGCGAGGCUGCAUUCAUUGAAAACCUGAGGAAACGCUUCAAGGAGAACCUGAUCUAUACCUACAUAGGCUCAGUGCUGGUGUCUGUGAACCCCUACAAGGAGCUGGAGAUCUACACCAAGCAGAACAUGGAGCGGUACCGCGGCGUCAGCUUCUACGAAGUCUCUCCUCACCUCUAUGCCAUCGCAGACAAUUCCUACCGCUCGCUGCGCACCGAGAGGAGGGAUCAGUGCAUCCUCAUCUCCGGGGAGAGCGGCGCCGGCAAGACCGAGGCCACCAAGAGGAUCCUGCAGUACUACGCUGUCACCUGCCCUGCCAGCCAGCAGGUCGAGACCGUCAAGGACCGCCUGCUGCAGUCCAACCCCGUCCUGGAGGCCUUUGGAAAUGCAAAAACCCUUCGGAAUGACAACUCCAGUCGGUUUGGGAAGUACAUGGAUGUGCAGUUUGAUUACAGGGGGGCUCCUGUUGGCGGCCACAUCUUGAACUACCUCCUGGAGAAAUCGCGAGUUGUGCACCAGAACCACGGUGAGAGGAACUUCCACAUCUUCUACCAGCUGCUGGAAGGAGGGGAGGAGGAUCUGCUGAGGAGGCUGGGCCUUGAGAAGAACCCACAGCAGUAUCACUAUUUAGUAAAGGGUCACUGUGCAAGGGUCAGUUCCAUAAAUGACAAGAAUGAGUGGAAGAUCAUGAGGAGAGCCCUGUCUGUUAUUGGCUUCAAUGACAGUGAGGUGGAGGAUUUGCUGAGCAUUGUGGCCAGUGUCCUGCACCUGGGCAAUGUCCAGUUUGCUGCUGAUGAGCAGGGGAAUGCUCAGGUCACUACAGAGAAUCAGAUCAAAUACCUGGCCAGGCUGCUGGCAGUGGAUGGCUCUGUUCUUCGGGAUGCACUGAUCCACAAGAAGAUCAUAGCAAAAGGGGAGGAGCUGGUGAGUCCCCUGAACCUGGAGCAGGCAGCCUAUGCCAGGGACGCCCUGGCCAAGGCCGUGUACGGCCGCACCUUCUCCUGGCUGGUCAGCAAGGUCAACAAAUCCCUGGCUUACAAGGAAGAGAAGUUUCCAGGCUGUAGAAGUACAACAGUUCUAGGAUUGCUGGACAUCUAUGGGUUUGAGGUUUUCCAGCACAACAGCUUUGAGCAGUUUUGUAUAAAUUAUUGCAAUGAGAAGUUGCAGCAGCUGUUCAUAGAGCUCACCCUGAAGUCAGAGCAGGAGGAGUACGAGUCCGAGGGCAUCGCGUGGGAACCAGUUCAGUAUUUCAAUAACAAAAUAAUCUGUGAUUUGGUGGAAGAGAAAUUCAAAGGCAUCAUUUCUAUUUUGGAUGAGGAGUGUCUGAGACCUGGGGAUGCCACAGACACGACAUUCCUGGAGAAACUGGAGGAGACUGUGAAGAACCACCCUCAUUUUCUCACGCACAAACUCGCCGACCAAAAGACGCGCAAGUCGCUGGGGCGGGAGGAGUUCCGGCUCUCGCACUACGCCGGGGACGUCACCUACAGCGUGGCAGGUUUUCUGGAUAAAAACAACGACCUUCUCUUCCGGAACCUGAAGGAGACCAUGUGCAACUCAGAGAACCCCAUCAUAAACCAGUGCUUUGACAGGACAGAGCUGACAGACAAGAAGAGACCUGAAACGGCAGCAACUCAGUUCAAAAACAGCCUCUCCAAACUCAUGGAAAUCCUGAUGUCCAAAGAACCCUCCUACAUUCGCUGCAUGAAACCCAACGAUGCCAAACAGGCUGAUCGCUUUGAUGAGGUCCUGAUCCGACACCAGGUGAAAUACCUGGGGCUGAUGGAGAACCUGCGGGUGCGCCGGGCCGGCUUCGCCUACCGCAGGAAAUACGAGAUGUUCCUGCAGAGGUACAAAUCCCUGUGUCCAGAGACGUGGCCCACGUGGGAUGGGCGGCCCCACGAUGGGGUGGCUGUGCUGGUGAAGCAUCUUGGCUACAAACCAGAAGAGUACAAAAUGGGACGAACAAAGAUUUUUAUCCGCUUUCCCAAGACCUUGUUUGCGACAGAAGAUGCUCUGGAAGUGAGGAAGCAGAGUCUGGCCACAAAAAUGCAGGCGACGUGGAGAGGGUUCUACCGCCGGAAGAAAUUCCUGACCAUGAAGCGCUCAGCCAUCACCAUCCAGUCCUGGUGGAGGGGAACCCUGGGACGCCGAAAAGCUGCCAAGAGGAAAUGGGCAGUGGAGACAAUCAGGAGGUUCAUUAAAGGCUUCAUUUACCGGAACCACCCGCGGUGCCCAGAGAACGAAUAUUUCCUGGAUUACAUCCGAUUCUCCUUCCUGAUGAACCUCAAGAGGAACUUACCAAAAAAUGUCUUGGACAAAUCGUGGCCAACUCCUCCCCCAUCGCUCUGUGAGGCGUCGCAGCUCCUGCGCAGGCUGUGCAUGCAGAACAUGGUCUGGAGCUACUGCAAGAGGAUCAGCCCCGAGUGGAAGCAGCAGUUGGAACAAAAAGUAAUUGCCAGUGAGAUUUUCAAGGGUAAAAAAGACAAUUACCCUCAGAGUGUUCCCAGGCUCUUCAUCAACACUCGACUGGGUAGAGAAGAAAUAAAUGCUAAAGUCCUUCAGGCAUUAGAAAAUGAAGCACUUAAGUACGCAGUGCCCGUGGUCAAGUACGACAGGAAGGGCUACAAGGCCAGGGCACGGCAGCUGCUGCUCACCCAGAGCUCGGCCAUCGUGGUGGAGGAGUCCAAGAUCAAACAGCGCAUCGACUACUGCAACCUGACAGGCAUCUCUGUCAGCAGCCUGAGUGACAACUUGUUUGUGCUGCACGUGCACUGUGAGGACAACAAGCAGAAGGGAGAUGUUGUCCUGCAGAGUGACCACGUCAUUGAGACCCUGACAAAAGCAGCCAUUCUGGCCAACAAAAUCAACAAUGUCAACAUCAACCAGGGCAGCAUAAAGUUCACAGUAGGACAAGGCAAAGAAGGGAUCAUCGACUUCAUCUCGGGCUCAGAACUGCUCAUAGCCAAAGCCAAGAACGGCCAUCUAACAGUGGUUGCUCCUCGGUUGAAUUCCCGAUGAUGACAAAUUCCCUGCUCCAGGACCUUUCCCUCCAUGAAUUGGCUGAACGUUGCUCCCAGCAAACCCCCCUUCCUCGCUUUGCUCUUUCUGUUAUUACCAAAGACCUGCACUUUCAGAACCACCACAAAAUCCAUCCUUGCUCUCUUGUCUUACUCUCAAAGUCCCAAAGGCCUUCCCCUCUCCUCCUCCCCCGACUGAACGUGGGGUCCAGCACAGCAUCCCUGCAAACACAGCUCGGGACCUUCAGCUGAGCUCUGAGGAUGGAAAUGACCAAAAUUUGUGCUUAUCAUCACCAAAAAAAAAAAAAAGCACAAUCAGAAAACAAGUAACUCUGCUGCUUUCUCAGCCAAAUCACUGAAAUGCCAAACUUUGUAUUCAGAAUGUUUUAUGAAGAAUUUUGCUCGGAGAUGUUUUAAUGCUUUGUGUUACAAAUAUAGUGAAGCCAUAUUGUGUAAAUGAGUAAAUCCUGUAAAUACUUUAUAGCCAAGGAUAAGAUGCACUACGAGAGAUGGAGUUGAUGUGGAAACUUCUAUGUUUUAGAUUUGGAAUUUUUGUUGUUUAUGGUUACAAGGUAUAAACUGAGAAACCUGUCAUGUAACUUCUUCACUGAUCAGGAGCCAGAGACUUUUAUCUUUUUUUGAGGUCAGCUGUCCCAUUUCUUGCUAUUUUUAUACCUUAGGAAUUUUUCAUAUCCACACAAACACAAUGUAAUACAAACUGCAGAGGUUCCCACUGCUCUGGGCUGGCCAUGGGAUGAACAUGAGCUCUCCCCUCACCUUCCUUUCCCUGUCUGGAGUCCCCACUGUCCCUUCCCCACACAGCUCCGCAGGCUCAGAGCAGCACCUUCAGGAAAAAUGGCUUUUCCUCUUGUUCCUAGGUCUAACUGGAAGUCUGAUUCCCACAGUAUUUAUACCAGUGCCUCAGUGCUGCCUGUCCAGGGAGGGCUGGGCACUGCUGCUGCCCCACAGGGGCUGGGUGCUGGCUGCAGCACAGGCUCCUCCUCAGCACCUUCCUUUAACCAAACACUGCAGGGUGCAGGGCUCCAUGGGGAAUUCUGCUGCAUCCACAGCACAGCCUGUGCAUCCUGCUCUACUUGCCUUAGACAUCCUCACCCUCUGCUCUGGCUCCUGACUCGAUGCCAUUGCCCAGCCCUGCUGUGGCUGGGGUGUGGGAUACACUGCAGGCAUCCCCCAGCUGUGCUCAGUGUGUGCAGAGCACGCUGCAGAUGUUGGUGUGUAACCUCUGCCAGACUACGCUGAAUAAAUUUUUACAAAAAAAAACCAACCCCCGUUGUCUUUGGUGCAGUUUCCUUACAUGGCUGAGGGGGAGGCUGAGCCCAGCCCCAGCCUGGUGUCACUCCAAGGAGCAGGUGAUUCCCAGCAGAGCAGAUACCUGGGUCCCUUCUCUCCAACUGGAACAGCAGGGGACAGGAAUUCAACAACCAUGGAAAAGACUGCAGGAUCAAAGGGCUGCUCCCAGCAGCACAAUUCACGCUCAGACCAAAUCUUCCUUAGCUCCUGUCUGAAGAACAAGGCUGUUCCUGCUGCUCUCUCCCCCUCCACCUGUUCCUAGUACAAGCAACAAAGCAAAGUUAUUCUUCUAAAAGAAACUCAUAGUGAUGGUUGGCAUUUUUAAUUUAGGUUUGUUUUAUUUAAGUUUAAUGUUAAUUCCAUGCUGUGUUUCAGUAAGAACAAUACAGAUUCUGUAUCUGUGGCUCCAGUCAGAUAUCCAGUAGUACAAAUUAGCUUCAAGUUACACAUACUGAACAAAAGAGGUUGAGCGAGCGAAGGGAGAUGGGGAGAGGGGAGGGAGAAAAGAAAAAAUAUUGAACACGCAUGCAGGCUUAUCAAUGCCACCUUCAAUGCUAACCUGCUUGGAGGGAAAGUAAAGAACAGGCAAGAAUGAGCAGCCACGGAUUGUUGAACUGUUACCAGCACCAUGAUUUUCAGCAACAUUUCAGCAGUUUGGAAACUUUUUUGUUUUUAUACAGUAAAACCACUACAAUAAGUGUCCCAAAUGCAACCUCACAACUCCGAGCUAAACACCCAAUUAAGUUGAAACAUUGGUAUAAAAUUCAGUUUAAACAGUUAUAAAAAAAAGAAAGAUGCCACCACACGAGCACUGCCUGGCCAGGACCAAUCUCUCCCUACACGGUGUCACAUCCAGGUCUGAUGGCAAUGUCACCACAGCUGGCAGAGACAA